AUGUCAAAACUCUUCUCUCCCCUCAAGGUGGGCCGCAUUGAGCUCGCCCACCGAAUUGCCAUGGCGCCCAUGACCCGGUACAGAGCCGACGAUAACCACGUUCCACUGCCCAACGUGAAGGAGUACUAUGCGCAGAGAGGAGCUGUUCCUGGCUCGCUGUCCAUCACCGAGGCUACCUUCAUUUCUCAGCAAGCUGGUGGCUAUGCAAACGUUCCUGGAAUCUACACACAAGAGCAGAUUGAUGCUUGGAAAGAGGUUGUGGAUGCCGUUCACAAGAAAGGAUCGUACAUCUAUCUCCAGCUAUGGGCUCUAGGACGCGCUGCCAAGGCGGAAGUUUUGAAGGAAGAGAGUAACUCAGAUCUUGUUUCUGCUAGCGAUGUACCAGAGUCUCCUGAUGCUGCCGUUAAGCCACGUCCUCUAAGAGAGGAGGAAAUUCUUCAGUACAUUGAAGACUACACACAGGCGGCCAAGAACGCUGUUGCUGCCGGAUUCGACGGCGUAGAGAUCCACGCCGCCAACGGCUACUUGAUCGAGCAGUUCAUUCAGGAGCUCACCAACAAGCGAACCGAUCAAUGGGGUGGAAGUAUUGAGAACCGAGCACGCUUCGCGUUGGAGGUGACCAAGGCUGUUGUUGGAGCUAUUGGCGCAGACCGGACCGGAAUCCGGUUCAGCCCAUUUGCCGACUUUAUGGGAGACAUUACCUAUGAUCCCAUUCCCCAAUAUGAGUACAUUGCCGAGCAGUUGAAGCCUUACAAGCUGGCCUAUGUACACUUGGUUGAGUCUCGCGAGAAGGGCAACGAUAUCACGCCAGUCAUCAAGGCCUAUGCCAAUACCAGCCCUGUGCUUGUAGCCGGAGGAUUCGAGCUCGAGUCCAGCAAAAAGGCCGUUGACGAGGAGUACAAGGACUACGACAUUGUUAUUGCGAUUGGCCGACCAUACACUUCCAACCCCGAUCUGCCUUUCCGGUUCCAACAGGGAAUCGCUCUCACGCCGUACCAGAGAGAGACGUUUUUCACUGCCAAGCUGGACAAGGGCUUCCUCGACUUUCCUUUUAGCGAACAGUUUACUGCGCUCAAGGCACAGGCAUAG